CCCUGCUUCGCGUCGCGUCUGUGGGGAUGGCAAAAGAAAAUCAGGCGUCGCUCAAGAAUUCGAAGUUCAAGUGCAAGCCCAAGAAGCCCAAUAGAGACAAGGAGCCUUCCUCGUCCUCGAAUCCAAACGAGAACAAGGCUCCGUCUGGUGGAGCUGACACCGGCUCGCCCGCUGUAACAGCGGCAGCCUCCAAGCCUUCGGCUUCGUCAUCGGGAUCGUCUUCUGGCGGUGCCGGGUCGUCGGCCACGUCGUCUUCGUCGUCGGCGGCGGCGGCGGCAAUGGCAUCGUCUUCGUCUUCGCCGCGGCAUGCUUGGGUUUUGGACAAGAUACGAGGCAUGAUGCACGGCUUUGGCGACAGCAGUGAACCGCUGCUCGAGUCUGUCAAACUGGUGGAAGACAUCGUGACGCAGCAGAUCAAGUGCGUGUUUUAUCGUGCGGCCGAGGUGGCCAUGCUUCGUGGCUCCAAAGCCGUGGCCAUCGAGGACAUCCUUUUCCUCAUGCGGAAGGACAAGUUCAAGCUGGGCCGUUUGGUUCGCUACCUGGAACUGAAGUCAUUGCAGGGCUACAUCUACUCAAAGCUGCCCACGGAUGACGAAGAGGCAUCGGCAGCAUCGCUCUCUUCCGCCGAGUCAGCUUUGGCAGAUGUAAAAUCUGAAGAAGGACAUGAGUUCAAGCGAACAAAGAUUUGCCGGGAAUUCAUUUCAUUCAUCGAUCAAACAGGAGAGCUGGCAGGUGCAUUCAAUGAAUCGGCAUUUGACGAAGUAAAGCACGAAAGGAAUGUGAGGUUAGAUGCACACGCAAGAGCCAUGGACGAAACCCAGUACAUGGAGUACUUCAAUGCAAGAACAUCAUCCUUCUACGGAAAACACAAGUCGGGACGGUUUCGAGAAUGGGUAAUGAAUUACAUCGACAGCGAUGUGAAACUGUCGCCAUCCGUCUUGAGCGUCUUCAGUUACUUGGCCUACGAAACUGUGGCUCAGAUUGUAGAUUUGGCACUGCUGAUAAAGAAGGAAUCUAAGCACGACCCGAGCGAUCCACUGUCCUGGUCAAUGCCCCCUUUGGCAGGAAACCCGGGCUUUCCUUCUACCCAGUUCUUUAGCUUCAAGGACAAGCCGUGGUUGCAGAGUAACGAGGGUGCGACAUCUAAGAGUGGCGAUGGUGCCAAAAAAACUUUGCUUCCAUUUGAAUGCAUCAAACCAGAAGAGAUAAGAGAAGCCAUGCAUAGAUAUAUGACUCGACGAGGACCAAUGGCUUCUUUUGCUAAACCUCAAGUUCAAGGGUGUUGCAGGCAUCUUCUUUGUUGCUGAACUGCACAUCAGAAUAGAAACAUUGCGAGUGUCAGACAUGCGGCGAGCCUUCACGACGUUCGGGCCAAGUGGAGGCAUCUGUUCCGUCGGACUGCUUUCACUCGACAAAGACUCAUUCAGAAAGGAAUCGCUGGCGGCCAUGGACUCUAGCCUAAGUCGGCUCUGCUGCGAGUCCAUCGAAAGCCGGCGAGCCGCCCGUGGUCUCUUGGCCAUGUUCUUGACAGCGUGCCGCUGAGGUCAAUGUCUCUGAGCCGAGCCAGCAGACGCUCCUUUUUUUCUUGGUCCAUGCCCUGCAGUGUUGUUUGCGCAAGUAUUUGUUAGCUAACUUUAGCUUUGAAAACUUUCCAGUUUUAUAUUAGCACACCUGCAUCAUCUAUUUACAUCCUAUAAGUAAUGAAACCUCAAAGUUAUGAAUAGCUGGGAAAUAGGCUCUAGAAUUGUGAGUCGCUGGGCUGGCUUGUGCAACAUGUCUAUAAUGAUGAAUGCUGUAAUAGUACAAAAAAAAAGAGAUGUGUAGGAUAGAGUAUUCAAUAUGCAUGUAUCUUCUUCUUUCCAUUCUAUUUCUGUGCUUAUUUUCAUAGCGAGAAAUUCUGUAAAGUAGUAGCCUGCACGCUUUUUAGAAACUCAAGCAUGCCCACUUGUUAAUACAUUUUGAUACAUACAUUGACCAGCAAGUCAUCUUUCUUAAUAUUGUACUGGUAGCAAAGGAGCACCAGCCUAAUCAUGUGGAACACAACAAGCAGCGAUAGUGAGAGCAUUAAAAAUGGAAAACCUCACCGUUUCACACACCAAAGGUACUUUUCUAUGCACACUCGGAAGAAAUGAUGUUAAGCAGUGACUGCCUUUGUUUGUUUAACGGUUUUUCAUCUCUGAUCAGUUUAUGAAUAGUUGUCUCAUGUUUGGUUCUUGUCAAAAUAAAGAAUCUUGUUUUAUAUAAAGGUACUACCAAGUCUUUGUAUUAUAUUGGCAGAAGUUUUUGUCUACUGUCUUCUUUAAGUAUUCACAAAUGAGACAGAUACGGAUGUGGUAUCUCCGCUUGCUUGUUCAGCUCUGGUUAUUAUGCAAGUGUCAUGGCACUGACAUGUACUGUAUUCAGGACUGAAUGCAAACAGUUUGUGCAAACCUGAAAGUGAUCCAGGGAAGUACUAUCACAUGCAAUUUAAAAGGAACAUGCGAGCAAGUGACCAAUAGCCUCAAACUGAUGCAGGUUGAUUCACAAUGGCCACUGUUUGAAAAACGAAGUUGAAAGGCUGCCGCGUUCACACUGAAUGUCAGCCCAUUUGCCUCACUAUUGCCAAUGAAAAAUGGCAGCCUAUUGUGUAUCGCAGGUCCCCCGCGACUAUAAGUCUUAUAUGCCAAGUAGACCACAGCAGCUUGCUGUCUUAAGCACCAUGCGAAAUUCCGUCUUUCCAUUCACUUGGGGGCAUAGGUCGGCGAAAUCACUCACCAGUCGACUCGCCUGGUCUUACUUGCACCCAGACUGAGUCGUGAGUCGGAAUUAAUCCGGGCAAGUAAUAUUUUGGUGAGUUCGAGUUUGAGUGAGUCUGGUUGAAGAAAAUUUUCGUGAGUGCGAGUCCGAGUGAGUCUGGCUCAGGAAAAUUUUGGCGAGUCCGAGUCCGAGGGAGCCCAAAGCGCGGGACAUAGUAUUUGUGAGGCUGAAUGAGUUCUACUUUCGCUUGCCAAACUAUGGUCCUUUCUAGUUACUCCAGCAUUACUAUGAGCCUUACCUUGAUUCUUGUUUACAUGAACAUCUACCACACAUACUUUAAAACAGUAUCGUUCAUACAUCAUUUCUAUAUUUAUUGAUCAGGUGCAUGAGUUAUGUAGGGGGGUGUCUUGAACUGCCACCCUCGCUUACUCUUUUAUGGAAGUUCUGGACAAAUAUAUCUUGUGAUGUCAUCAUUUUCAAGAAAAACGUUCUUACUUGUUUGCAUCUCUCAUCAUUCGUAUUCGAAAGUGGUAUAUCAAGGUUGUGUUCUUUCAAGACGUUAUCAAGAAGCGCUCUUUCCUGUCCUUUUCGUCUCUUUCUACAGUUGCCUUGCUGUUACUAGAACAGAACUACGAUGAACCAACUCGCCCAAAUUAAGCUGUUGUUGCUGAUAUAUCAAAAGGUGCUAAGAGCACUGAUUAUGUGAGAUAUUGGUGUAUAAAUGUCAUGGUCGAAAAAGCUAAUUCUAGACUAAUGGGCUCAUGACUUCACUCGCUCAAACUCUGACUCAGAUCAAGUCAUAAGUCUAAGUCUGGGUGAGCAAUAUUUUGGUGAGUCCGAGUCAGAGUGAGUUCGACCAAAAAGAAACUGAUGAGUCUGAGCUCGACUGAGUUCAAAGCGCAAAAGAUAUUUCGUGAGUGAGCUGAGCGAGUUCUACAAUUUUCGCUGAGCUAUACUUGUGUGUAUGCAUGUAAAACAUAAAAUCAAAAUGCUGCACAGUUACUUAAAAAAAACAUUACUGCUCUUUGCUGUGCAUGAGUGUUACUACAGGUGCUACAACAUGAAGCUUUUAUUGGUGUGCUAUACUUCACGGGUCAUAAAAACAGACAGGUGGUGGGAGUAGCAACAGUUCACAGAAAGGCUUCAUGUUUUUCACUUUAUUUUUGACAGCGAUAUUCGAGUAUCGGUUGAGUUGCGGUUUGAGGCUAUUCACCAUAUGCUCAUGUGUUUACUGUAAUAAUGCUCACAAUCGUACACUCUGCUGCGCAUAGUGUGUGUCUCGCAUGACAUUUACUACAAACAGCUGUUGUGUGCAAACGAAUAGGCUGAAUUUGUUUGUCUGUCUAUAACAAUGUUGAACAAUUCUUGCAAAACAUAAAAACAGUAUGCACAUGA